CAAAAUCUAACUAUUUGUAAUAAUAAAUUAAAAAAAAAAAAGAAGCCAUAAUCCAAACCCAAGCACACCGCCGCCGGAAAUGACGGAAGAAGAGAAGUCAAUCCAAGAAGAGCUCACACUCCUAGUCCUACUGGCCGACCGCCUCAUCAAAUCUGCCAAAGAAGCCGAAUCCUCGAAGUCCGACUGCGCCGAUCUCGCCAAGCAAGCCGACCUCCUCUCCCUUAAGCUCCGAUCCGCCGUCCGCCUCACCACGACGACCACGACCACGACGACAACCACCGCCCAGUCGUCUCUCUACGAGCGCCCCGUCCGCCGUAUCGCCACCGACGUCUCCAAAACCCUGGAACGAGCCCUAACCCUAGUCCGCAAGUGCAGGCGGAGUGGCGUUCUCCGGCAGGUGUUCGCCAUUACCACCAGUACCGACUUCCGCAAGGUCUCCAGCCUCCUGGAAUCAUCCAUCGCCGACGUCAGCUGGCUCCUCUCCAUCUUGGACUCGGCCGAAGGCGGCGGCAGCCUCUCCCUCCCACCCAUCGCCAGCAACGACCCCAUCCUGGCCAUGCUCUGGUCCUCCAUCGCCUCCGUCCAAAUGGGUCGCCUCCUCCGCGACCGCCUCGACGCCGCCAACAACCUGGCCUCCCUAGCCCGCGACAACGAUCGCAACAAGAAGAUGAUAGUUGAAGAAGGUGGAGUUGUACCCUUGCUCAAGCUGUUGAAAGAAGGGGCUUCCCCUGAUGCUCAAAUGGCCGCCUCCACUGCUCUUUUCUACUUGGUUAAUGAUAAGGACAGGGUCCGAUCCAUCGCCCGCGAGCUGGCUGUACCCUUAAUUGUUAAGGUUCUGGCCGAUUCCCCCAUCAGAGUUCAGGUUUUGGUGGCCAAUUUGGUGGCCAAGAUGGCCGAGAUUGACCCGGAGGUUCAGGAGGAGUUUGGGAGACAGAAUGCUACUAGGCCUUUGGUGACAUUGUUGUCUAUGGAUACAGUGUUGGAUGAUCCUAAGCUUCUUCAGUCAAGUAAGACUAGUAUACAUUCUCUAGUUGAGAUAAAUAAGGAGUUAGCUAGAAACCCAUUUAGCCACCAGUCGAAUUCUGAUGGUAGCAGUCGGGGAGGGCACCAUAAGAAGGACAAGGAUGGGGAGGUUGAGUUACCUGAGUUGAAACUUGCUCUCAAGAUUAAUUGUGCAAAGGCUUUGUGGAAACUCUCAAGGGGGAGCUUAUUGAAUAGCAGGAAGAUAACUGAAACCAAAGGGCUGCUUUGUUUGGCGAAGAUCAUUGACAAAGAACGAGGGGAAUUGCAGAGUAAUUGCUUGAUGACAGUGAUGGAAUUAGUUGCGGUAGCAGAGUCUAAUUCUGACCUUAGACGUGCAGCUUUCAAGCCCAACUCUCCGGCUGCAAAAGCAGUUUUGGAGCAGCUUCUCAUUGUUGUAAACGAAGAAACCAGUCCGGGACUAUUAAUUCCUGCCAUUAAAUCUGUUGGGUCUUUGGCUCGAACAUUCCCUGCAAAGGAAAGUCGAAUAAUUGGUCCGUUGGUCACCCAACUUGGCCAUAGGAAUGCAGAUGUGGCAACUGAAGCCGUGAUUGCCCUUAGUAAAUUUGUGUCUCCAGACAAUUUUAAUUGCAUGGAGCACUCGAAGGCGAUUAUUGACUUUAAUGGUGUCCCACGGCUAAUGAAUCUGCUCAGGGCCAAUGGUCGGGAUCAAGUGCAUGAACUUGUAUUGCUAUGCUACCUUGCCUUGCAUGUUGGUAACAGCAAGGCUCUUGAACAGGCUAGAGUACUGAAUGUUCUCGAGGGGGCAGCUCGUUCUGUGGUGGCUCAACAUCCUGAUUUGAGAGAAUUGUUUGUCAGGGCCGUAAACCAUCUCUCUCUAUUAGGCUGGAGUUCAUACCCAUAGACAGGCUUAUGCACCAUAUAUGCCAUGGCUUGAGUAGCCUAAAACAGUUUAUUUUGAUGGAUGUGUCUUGCAACUCCAAUGUCCACGGCACAGAUUGUUACAUUGUACACACAAUGAAACCAAAGGCGCAUGGCAUGGAAAAUGGUUUGUUCAUAUUGCCAAUUCAUCAUUCUAGUAAAUGUGUUGAUAUUAUUAGUGAAGAUGAGUUGAUGGAUGGAAAAUGUGUUGAUGUGUUCUCUGUGAUGUUAACGAAAUACCAACUUGUCUCUUUGUAUGAAAGUUCCUUUUUGCAUGGUUUAAUGUCAUUUUAUUGCUACAA